CGGACGGGAUGAUACGAAGCCGAAGAAGAGAGGGCAAACCCUAGCCUAAAUCCCAUCUCUAUCUCUUCCUUCCUCUGCGGUUCCGCGACCAGGCCACCACCAUCUCGCCGUCGCCGCCGGAUUAAGCCGUCAAAACUCCAGUACAGGCGCACCAGUUUGCCUCAAGAUUCAAAAAAUGGAUUUAAACAAUUGCAAGGACAAAGGCAAAAGUGCAGGGAAAAAAUCAGAUGUUUUCGCUUCGUGUUCGUUUGCUAGUCUGGGUCUUCACCCAACAUUAUGUGACCAGCUCAAAGAGAGGCUGGGUUUUCAGGAUCCAACUCUUGUUCAAGCUCAGGCAAUUCCUGUUAUUCUAUCUGGUCGACAUGUGCUAGUGAAUGCAGCAACCGGGACAGGGAAAACGGUGGCAUACUUGGCCCCAGUUAUUCACCAGUUGCAGAAAUGUGAACCUAAGAUUCAACGUUCUGAUGGUACUUUUGCGUUGGUUCUUGUACCAACGCAUGAAUUGUGCCUUCAGGUAUAUGAAAUUUUGCAGAAAAUGUUGCACCGCUUCCAUUGGAUUGUUCCUGGAUAUAUAAUGGGCGGGGAAAACCGCGCAAAGGAGAAGGCCAGGUUGCGUAAAGGUAUAUCAAUUCUUGUUGCAACUCCUGGGCGUCUUUUAGAUCAUCUUAGAAAUACAUCCUCGUUCGUACACAAGAAUUUGCGGUGGAUUAUUUUUGAUGAAGCGGAUAGCAUUUUGGAACUUGGGUUCGGUAAAGACAUUGAAGAGAUACUUAGUAUACUGGGUUCAACCCAAUAUAACUCGCUUGGCCAGGAAAAUUCUAGUUUCCGAGGUCUUGACGUCCAGAGACAAAAUUUGCUGUUGUCCGCAACAUUAAAUGAGAAAGUAAACCAUCUUGCUAAAAUGAGUUUAGAGAACCCUGUAAUGAUUGGUCUUGAUGACAAGAAGUCAGAAAAAAAAGGGAAUCACGAUGAAGACAUUGAAACAAGCGUAGAUGUUGAAUUAGGAACAUCUCGAAAAUUAUUGAGUUCUUCCAGUGAGGAAUAUAAAGUUCCAUCUCAGCUUCUCCAAAGAUAUAUAAAAGUUCCAUGUGGUAAUCGUCUUGUAGUACUUCUUUCAAUAUUAAAACACCUGUUUGAGAAGGAAGCUUCUUCCCAGAAGAUAGUGGUGUUUUUUUCCACAUGUGAUGCUGUAGAUUUUCACUAUUCACUGUUGGGUGAUUUUCAGUGGCAUCCGAGCUAUCAAUCAGAUUCGGAUGCCAAGCUAAAGUUUUUGAAUUGUAAAACAUUUCGGUUACAUGGUAAUAUGAAUCACGAAGACCGUAGGUCUACCUUUAAUGCAUUUAAAACAGAAAAAUCAGCUCUGCUUGUGUCCACUGAUGUAGCUGCUAGGGGUCUGGAUUUCCCCAAAGUUAGGUGCAUUAUACAGUAUGACUCUCCUGGUGAGGCCACUGAGUAUGUUCAUAGAGUGGGAAGAACUGCUCGAUUGGGGGAAAAAGGCGACUCUAUACUAUUUCUACAGCCAGUUGAAGUUGAGUACUUGAAAGACUUGGAGAAACAUGGAGUUACACUAACAGAGUAUCCCCUUCUUAAACUGUUGGAUAGCUUCCCCGUGUCCAGUACUAAGCGCUUGUCGAAGAAGUUUGUUUCGGUUGAGAUGCACCCGUGGUCACUUUUUUUGCAGAAAGCUUUGGAGUCCUUUGUCACCAACGAGGCUAAGAUGGCGAAAAUGGCGAAGAAGGCGUUUUGCUCGUGGGUGCGCGCGUACACUGCGCACCGCGGAGAGCUGAAGGGAAUUUUCAUGGUGAAGAAACUUCACUUGGGACAUGUUGCAAAGAGCUUUGCUCUAAAAGAACAGCCAUCCUUAGUGAACAAAUCAAUUCAGAAGGAAACAAAGAAGAGGGGAAGGGAUCAGUUCCACCAGAAGCACAAGAGAGCAUCAAAGAAGAGGAAAUAAUUACUAGUAUGUUGUAUUUGUUUUAAUUUGUCCGGAAUUAGUUGUCCACUUCUCAUAUUUGGCAAAAAAAAUUGUGAUAAAUUGUCUAAAAUAUACUGAGUAGUGAGUACCAAAGAAAUAGAGUACGAGGAUAAAGAGGGUUGAACCUUUGUUAUCUCUAAGACAUUCAAAGAAAUCUUUUCCUCUUUA